AUGUCUAACACUGAAAAAGAAAUCUAUGUAACUGAAAAUGAAUUUCAAAUUGAUAGCAGUAAAAUUAAUCUUACAAAAACUUCAAAAGGUUCUAAAUGUCUUCAAUUCACUGCUGCGAUUGCAGCAAACUUAUGCGUGAUGGCUGCUGGAUCAUUGAUGGCUUGGUCAAGUCCGGUGUUGUUGAUGCUCCAAAAUGAAACUGUAAGUGAAGAAAAUCCUUUAGGUCGGCCAAUAACAACUGAAGAAACGUCGUGGAUCGGGUCAAUUCUUUUGUUAGGUUCGAUAGCCGGAAAUUUAUUUACAGGAUAUCUAUCGGACAGACUAGGAAGACGAACUACUUUAUUGUGUAGCAUAAUACCUUCGGCAGUAAGCUGGGUGCUUAUUUUCACAGGAAAAAGUAUUGAAUUUUUGUAUGCAGCCAGAUUUAUUGGAGGUCUAGCGGCUGCUAUACCAUUUGGAGUAAUACCAGUUUACUGCGGCGAAAUCGCGGAAACUUCAAUCCGAGGAAUACUCGGUUCAUUUUUCCAAUUAUUCAUUACCUUAGGUCUACUGUGGGCUUACAGUAUUGGUCCGUUUAUCUCGUACACGAAUUAUUGUAUCGCUUGUGCUGUCUUGCCAAUCGCUUUCUUCAUCUCCUUCUACCCAAUGCCCGAGUCGCCGUACUACUUGGCGGCAAAAAGUCGCAAGGAAGAUGUCAUCAAAGUGUUGAUAAGGCUAAGAGGAAAAAAAAGAGCAGAAGUUGAAACGGAAGCUAAUGAAAUCGAGGUUUCCGUUCAAGAAGCUUACAGCAAACAAGCAACAAUAUUGGAUUUGUUUAAAGUAAAAGCCAAUUUAAAAGCGCUAAUUGCUACGUGCGCACUGAUAUUUUUUCAACAGAUGAGCGGAAUCACAGUUGUUCUUCUUUACUCGGAGCUUAUUUUUUCGAGCGCUGGAGAAUUUGGCUUAAGUUCAUCCGUUCAGACAAUUAUUGUAGGACUGGUUCAAUUUCUGGGCUCCUGUGUCAACCCUUUGGCUGUUGACAGACUCGGGCGCAAAAUCCUAUUAAUUAUAUCCAGCUCAGGCGCCGGUUUAAGUCUGGGAAUUCUUGGACUGUUCUUUUAUCUGAAAGACGCUGCUGGAACUCAAGUCAGUCAUGUCGGAUGGUUACCAGUAUUUUCUUUGGUUACAUACAUGGCCACUUACGGCAUCGGAUUGGGUCCUCUUCCUUGGACAAUAAUGGGCGAAAUGUUUUCCCAAGAAGUUAAAUCUAAAGCGUCAACAAUUGUUGUUUUUACCAAUGCAUUCUUAGCAUUUAUAGUGAGUAAAUACUUCAUUGGUUUUGCUGUAACUUACGGUCAAUACACUGCGUUUUGGUUUUCUGGAAUUAUUUGCAUCCUAUGUAUUUUAUUCACUGUAUUUUAUUUACCUGAAACUAAAGGAAGAUCAUUACAAGAAAUCCAGAAUAAUCUUAACGGUAAAAAUAAUUUGUAA